UAUCAGAUACUCCAGUUGAAACAACAGCAUUAACGAGAUGUUUUGGAUGGGAUUCAUCAAAUUGUUUUAUGCCACAUGUACAUGAGUUUGAUAGAUUACUACUAGAUAAUUUAGAGGGUAAAAUGAAGAAUACUAUUUCCAAACUGUUUGUAGGAAAGAUGAAGAGUUAUGUUAGAUGUAUCAACGUGAAUUAUGAAAAUUCACGUAUUGAAGAUUAUUAUGAUAUUCAACUCAAUGUUAAAGGGUGCAACACUUUAAGUGAUUCCUUCCUAGAAUAUAUUCGUGAAGAAUCUUGUGAAGGAAAUAAUAAAUACCAAACUAAAACAUGUGGUUUACAA